UCACUUUGGGUGUUAUGAGAAACAUGGGCUUUCACAGAGAGGGCUUUCUUUCUUUCUUUCUUUCUUUCUGUCUUUCUUUCUUAGUUUUACUCGUGUCUUUACGUAACAAUUAGAGUUUAUGGUCAUAAAACAUAUUUCAAAAUAAGACUUGUUUUUUAGAUUUUCCUCUAAGGAGAGGAAAUAGGUGGUUGUGGAUUUAUGCCCUCUCUAGUUUUUAACAUUAGCCCUAAUUAAAAACGACUUGGCCUCACAGCCUACGCUCCCAGUGUGCGUCAAACAAUCGAAAGUGAAAAUCCCGAGCAGCACUUGAAGGACUCGCCAGCAGCUGGAGCUCCGUGGGAAACGAACGUGAACAUGAGCGGAGGGAAAGCGGGUGUAUCUCUAAAAGUGGUCCUCAUAGGAAAUUCUGGGGUGGGUAAAUCCUCCUUCAUGAACAGAUAUGUGAAUCACCGCUUCACCAACAUGUACCGGGCCACAAUAGGAACUGACUUCCUCUCUAAGGCGGUGAACAUAGAGGGAGCCACAGUCACUCUGCAGCUGUGGGACACAGCUGGAACAGAGAGGUUCCAGUCUCUGGGUACACCUCUGUACAGAGGAGCUCACUGCUGCAUGCUGGUCUUCGAUGUCACAUCCAAAGCCAGUUUCUCUGCCCUGGAGCUUUGGAGGAAGGAGUUCCUGUUCCAGGCCGAGCCCCAGGACCCAGCUGACUUCCCUUUUAUUGUUAUUGGCAACAAGAGUGACCUGGGUGACCGGGAGGUGUCUUGCAGGACGGCUAAGCAGUGGUGUGAGGAAAUAGGAGGAGACUACUUUGAAGGGAGCGCCAAAGAAGAUGUGGGCGUAGAGAAGCCGUUUUGGAGAGCGGCUCAGAGCGGACUACAACAGUACAAAAAACACACAUUUGAAAAUACAGGACAUUUCCAGAUAACCUGCAAACAGCCGACAGAAACUCGCAACACCUGUGAGUGCUGAGAGCAGCACUCGUCCCCGCGUGGCAGGGAAAGUUCAGAGAGACCUCGGCACUGCUGAUGAUGACCUAUCUAACGAGGGCGCAAAAAUAGUGACCCAGCAAAGGUACUGUGGAAGGAAAGGACACAAUUGUAUACCACAUGGAGAGAGGAACAAACUCAUUAAAUGUUUUUUCUUUUUUUGAGAACCUUCAGCUUAUGGUCUAACUUAAGGCAUCACUACUAAAAUACACUGCUUUUGCAUGCAUGUCUAGUUUUGCUCAACAGACACACUGACACGCACAAAAUCAUGAAUGCAUAUGAAGAGAAACGUUUUGUCGCUAGAAAGAAAAAUCAGGGAGAAAACCACAAACGGGAGCCGAGGCGCGAGCCGGAGAAAAGGCGGCAAGCGGAAAACCUCGGCUCUGAUCAUCCUCUCUGGCCGUUACCAUCAACAACUGAAUUCACCCUUUAAAAAGUAGAUUUACACUCAUGUCCGCUCAGAAACCUCCUCCCUGUACAAGUUUGGACUGUAAUGAACCGAGCAGUGAUUCAGACUCCUAAAGUGAAUCAGCUUGACAGAAGCAAAUUAUAACAAUCAGGGAGACUAUAUAUAUUUAUAUAUAUAUAUAAUUUGUUUCUUUUAUAAGUAAAGACACAGAAGGCAAUCAAGAGAUGACCAACAUGUAAAAACAGUUUGUUACAGGUAAUUAUAUAAAAGGCCAAGAUGUUUUUUUUUCUUUGUUUUAUUCUUGCUCUAUGAAGGAACUAAUUUACAAGUGAGUACACUCCGGCUGUGUAAGCUUUCUUCCCAAGACAUCCCCAAAGACAUACGGGUUUACACGUCACAGUUAGCUUGCACACCAUCUGUAGUCUGAAAUACAGAGCCGUGGAAGGAAAAAAAUUAAAAUUUAUUAAAUGGAUUCACAUACAUCAAUAGGAUAGGGAAAAUAGGUCUACUAAUAUAAUUUGCCAUUCUAAAAAUUAAAGAAGAGGUGAGACACCACAUUCAUGAGCAUAAAAAGCGUAGGACAACUGAUUUGGGGUAUCCAGGGGGAAAGGUAUGAAAACAUCUGGUGUUAUUCUGUCCACCUACCUACCCCCCGGCAGAAAUUCCAUGUUUGGCAAACAGAGCAACACAAGCAUUGAGUAGUAAACAAAAGUAAAAACUCUCCUCUCCCUGGGUCCACUUCAAAGUUCCCUUCAGUCCUGUAACCUCUUCGGUUCUACUUGGAACAAAUACAAAAGUCUUUCUCUCUCUUUCGCCUUAAUCUGUUAACAACAGGAACAUACGACCAACUGAAUGAAGAUGUUUUUUUCUUUAAAAAUAUAGUGGCAACCUCAACACAGCCACCAAUCUUCCCACAAACACAAACUAUGGGGAUGAACAACAGUUAAAAAAAGUGAUGCUUUUAAAAAUGCACACAACAUACACAUACACACAGGAGAAAAAAAGCUUAAAAAAUACAAAAAUAAACUACACAAAAGAUCUGCGUCAUUGCUUGCUAAUUUUUUGGGAAGAAUUUUGCAAGUUUUUUUUCUGUGUGUGCUGCAAGUCUCAAUUCUAGCAAAGUCUGUCAUGUCGUUCAUUCUCCACAAAUUUCUUCCUUUGAUGUUCUUUUCUUUGUCCACUUCAAAGUGUCGGCCACCAGUCCUCAUAUCGGGGGAAAAAGCGCACAUUGAUGACAAUACCAGGAGACUGGAGUCCAGUACUAUGACUAUACAGACUUGGCUCUUGAUGAUGCAAAUUUGUUUGGAGCAAAAAAGAAAGGAAAAAAAUGAUGUCCUCUGUCAUCGAGGACAAGUGCUUUAUUUGUUUCCAUACCGAUUUUUCCUCUCAUCUAAUCUAAUGCCUCCAAAACCUUUUUCCAACACUGUACACCAUUUCAUGUAGUCUCUCUCUACAUCCUGCCAGGAUUCACAAACAAAGACAAAAAAAUAAAAAGGUAACAUUGCGCUCA